AUGUCAUUGGUUAAUGAUAAUGAAACAGGUUUCUCAGAAAACGAGAUAAGUUUCGCGCGCGAAACGUUCAUGCGAGAUUGUCCAAAUGGAUUUUGUUCGAAACGAAAAUUCCUGACGUUUAUACGACGGUCGUCUGUGGAGAAGACUCACCCAUCGAAUGUCUCAUCUCCAGUCAAAAUCUUUCAAAAUUAUCGACAGCGGAAGAAGUUCUUUUCGAUGAUGUUUGACAUUUACGAUCGAAAUCGUGAUGGAGUACUAGAUUUCGAUGAAUAUCUUUACGCAUUAUCGGCUAUUAGCGGUGUGAAUCGUUUACGGACGAUUGAAACAUUAUUCUGCUUUUUCGAUGUACAUAAUCAAGGCUAUAUAACGCGACAGGAAUUGAAUUCACGGAAGAAAAUCGCUGCACAAUUUCUCGGUCAAUCGAAAUAUGGAAGAAAAGAUCAUUUAUUAUACGAUCAGGCAUUCAAUACCAUGGAUACGAAUAACGACGGACGAAUAUCAAAAGAAGAAUUUAUCCAAUGGCAUUUGAAAGACCAUUGCGAACUUGAAGAUAUUAAACCAUUGAAGAAACGACCACGCUUGCUCCGAACUAUUUCGACACUUGUUGAACAUCGUGGUCAUAUCAAAACAUCCUCGCUACAACAAUCAGACAAGAAUCCUGUUGACGUUUGGCUGGAGACAGUCAUGAAUGUAAACCUAACGGACGAAUCACCUGUAGUCAAUCACGCUGAUCGGUAUUUAGUCAAUAUUUUCCGUCGUGCUCGUAAUCGUUUUCAUAAUAAUACUCAUCGAAAUCGCGAUCAUCAGUCUGAAUCCGGUGUAUUUACUUCAUCAUCGAUAACAACACUUUUGGACAAUGAUUUUGAUCUUGACGAGGACGAUUUCUCCACCGAUGACACAGAUAACGAACUCUUAUGUUCGUCACUCGAAGCUGCGCUGGUUGAAGUCUUGAUCGAACUACGUGAGAGUCGACGUCAGCAGAAGUCACAAUCAAAUAGUCAUUUGACAAUGAAUGCCAGCGAUGACGAUAGCGAACUAUCUAUCUCCACUCGUUUGUAA